GAGUUCCAGACCAGUGUUGUCUCCCGGGACAUUGAUACAGCAGCCAAGUUUAUUGGCGCUGGGGCUGCCACAGUUGGUGUGGCUGGUUCAGGGGCUGGCAUUGGAACAGUGUUUGGCAGCUUGAUCAUUGGCUAUGCCAGGAAGGGGGCAAUGGCAGCCUGCCCUCCGUGGGUGACGGUGCGGGAAGCAAGGAUAAAUUAGAGGUUUUCAGACAGCAAAGAGCCCUGAGCAAGUCGACUCAUCUAUUCAGAACCUUCCCCAAUGAAGCUCUAUUCCCUCUCCUAGCCCAUGGACAGGACCGAGGAGGGUCUCUUCCUUCCUUCCUCUCCCUGCCACACUUGAAAAUUAAAUAUUGCACGUCACUGGGCUCUCAGCCGCACCUCGGCGACUCCGCACGCUUCAGAGCCUCCUCCCGCAAAGCGAGGGCCAACGCCGGCCCUGGGCCCCGGCUCCAGUUCCCACCCCCUCUCGUCCUGGAGGACCGUGGGUGGACGCUCUUGCAGAACGCCUCUCGCUGGUCGGGCGGGGGUGGGCGGAGCCAGCGCCGCCCGGGCUGUGGAAGCGGAGGGUGGGGACACUCUGGCCCGGCUCUCGGUGGUGCGGGAGCGGUAGGGAGCAGCGGCCGCUCUGGUCGGCGGACGUGCUGCCGAGCAGUCCCGGAAGCGAAGCAGCGAUGGCGGAGAGUCCAACUGAGGAGGCGGCGACGGCGACGGCGACGGCGGGCGCCGGGGCGGCGGGCCCCGGGGCGAGCGGCGUCGCCGGUGUUGUUGGCGUUAGCGGCAGCGGGUUCGGGCCGCCUUUCCUGCCGGAUGUGUGGGCGGCGGCGGCGGCUGCGGGCGGGGCCGGGGGGCCGGGGAGCGGCCUGGCUCCGCUGCCCGGGCUCCCGCCCUCGGCCGCUGCCCACGGGGCCGCGCUGCUUAGCCACUGGGACCCCACACUCAGCUCCGACUGGGACGGCGAACGAACCGCGCCGCAGUGUCUACUUCGGAUCAAGCGGGAUAUCAUGUCCAUUUAUAAGGAGCCUCCUCCAGGAAUGUUCGUCGUACCUGAUACUGUUGACAUGACUAAGAUUCAUGCAUUGAUCACAGGCCCAUUUGACACCCCUUAUGAAGGGGGUUUCUUCCUGUUCGUGUUUCGGUGUCCGCCCGACUAUCCCAUCCACCCGCCUCGGGUCAAACUGAUGACAACGGGCAAUAACACAGUGAGGUUUAACCCCAACUUCUACCGCAAUGGGAAAGUCUGCUUGAGUAUUCUAGGUACGUGGACUGGCCCCGCCUGGAGCCCAGCCCAGAGCAUCUCCUCCGUGCUGAUCUCCAUCCAGUCCCUAAUGACUGAGAACCCCUAUCACAAUGAGCCUGGCUUUGAGCAGGAGAGACAUCCAGGAGACAGCAAAAAUUACAAUGAAUGUAUCCGGCAUGAGACCAUCAGAGUGGCAGUCUGUGACAUGAUGGAAGGAAAGUGUCCCUGCCCUGAGCCCUUACGAGGGGUGAUGGAGAAGUCCUUCCUGGAGUAUUACGACUUCUAUGAGGUGGCUUGCAAAGAUCGCCUGCACCUUCAAGGCCAGACAAUGCAGGACCCUUUUGGAGAGAAGCGUGGCCACUUUGACUACCAGUCCCUCUUGAUGCGCCUGGGACUGAUUCGUCAGAAAGUGCUGGAGAGGCUCCAUAAUGAGAACGCCGAAAUGGACUCUGAUAGCAGUUCGUCUGGGACAGAGACAGACCUGCACGGGAGCCUGAGGGUUUAGACCCUGCUCCCUUCUCCCCUCCCCCCACUCAAGGGUCCCAGCAACGUCCCUUCCCCCCCACCCCAGGGAUGGAGAGGCACUGUGUAUCUCCCUCCAAACGUGACGUCAUCCUGCAAGAUGGCAAGAACCAAGCCAGCUCGGAUCCCAGGGUGUGGGAGUGGGGAGGCUGUUCCUGACCUGACCUCCCUGGCUCUCGAGCAUCCGGGGCUGUGUUCAUCCCAUAGCAGGGGCCAAGGUACCGACGCAGGAGCACCCAGGGUGAGGGCCUCUGGCAAACACAAGCGGCUGACACACCUCUCGGCGGGGCCAGAUCCUCAGGGGGAGGCGGGAGACAAACUGUAAUUCCAAGAGGGAGCGUGCCCACAUGAUUGAGGGGGAUAUCUGGAAGGGAGCUUUGGGUGGGGACUGUCUGUGACACUUAAGCAGUCUGGGUGGUUGUCUGUCUGUCUGCAGUCUUGAAGCAGGGCUUCCCGAUGCCCUUUUCCUCCCUGCCUCUUCUCCCAAUACUUCCCAUGGGCCAGCAUAAUUUUGUUUUUCCUAAUUUAUAGUCACUGUUCUAGACAGACCAAAGAGAAGGAACAGUGGUGGAGUCUAGGCUGCUGAUCAGUGAGCUUUACCUAGCACCUGAGCACCUUUCUCCUCUGCCCGCCCCCAUUCCCUCGCCCAUUUCCAGAUUUAAGACAGAAGGUAAAUGUGACUGGGAUGGAACUGAGGUCCUGGUAGAGCCUGCACAGGCACCAUGAGAAGCUGAUUUUGUUCCCGCAAUCACUGAUUUGAAAAGUUCCCAACACAGCCAGCUGCUGUUUGUGGGGUACGAGAGCCACUACAUAGAAUAGUCUUUUACAGAUGUUCCUAAAUGCUACCCACGAUGAGGGUAUUUCCCCUGAGGGUGGGGUGCAGUGGGGAGACUGAUGCUAGUCCUCUUGUGUUCUGUUUGGCUGUCCUUGUGUAUUUUCACCCUGGCCUCUAGUUACCCCCCCAACCUCCCUUCCACUUCAAUGCCCAGGGACUUGUGGGGAGCAAGGGUCGCCAAUGGCAGAGGGGCUGGGACUGUGGGCCCCGCUGCUUCUCUUGCCUCUCUGCCUCCCGUCCUUCCCAGCUGCUCUGUCACUGGCUCUGAUGGCUGUUUGCCUGGCUGUGUUGCUUCUCUGUCUGUAUCUAGCUGCAGUGAUCCUUUAGCUGGUUGGCUCAGAAGAAUGUGUGUUAGGCGCCCUGUGGUACUGGGCACUGAGAAACUCCAGCCUUCCCCUUUUUGGUGUGUUCUCCCCAUACUUUACAGAUUCUUACUGUUAGGGCUCCCAGUGGGGUGUUGGUGAUCCGUGUGACGCAGGGCCUCAGUCAGUAUCCAGCCGCGUGUAUGGGAGAGGAUGACUUGGGCCUGCCCUGCCCGCUGCUGUGGAGGCUUCUGCCUGCGGGUCAUGGGACUUCCGGGGAGUUCGGAAGGGGUUGGGCACGAAGGAGAAUGUCCAGCUUGGGAGGGCAGGAAGCAAAGAAACUGGACAGGAAGUGGGCUUGGGGAACGGAAGUUUAUCUCGGAUACCUAAGGCUGGGUCUCUUAACAAGGAGACUUAAAGAGGGACCCCGCUGCCAAUUUCCCUCUUCCAUUCCCAGAGCAAGUACAGGGCUUAGCAGAAGGCCCUUGGCCUGUUGGUCCAGUGGUUGUCUGUCAUCCAUUUAAGUGUUCCCACUUUCAAGUGACAAUCCUCUCCUUGGCCCUGCCGUGGGCAGAGCAUGUCUGGCAUACCAGCCUGACUUUUAUGCCCUAAUCUUGAGUUGAGGAAAUAUAUGCACAGGAGUCAAAAGAGAUGUCUUUAUAUCUGACUGUACAUAAAUGAAGUUUUUUUUUUCUUUUUGGUGCAAUAAAGUUUGUUUUGGCAGAA